AUGGAUGAUAAUUUAGUUAUAUUUAUACUUGGAACUACUGGUGUUGGAAAGAGUAAGCUAUCUAUUGAGUUGGCAAAGAAAUAUAAUGGUGAGAUCAUCAGUAGUGAUUCUAUGCAACUCUAUAAGGGUGCCGAUGUCAUCACCAACAAAGUGACCACCGAUGAAAUGGAGGGAAUACCACAUCAUAUGAUGUCAUUACUCGAAUUGAAUCAAUUGAGUUAUAAUGUUGGUAACUUCAUAUCAACCGUCAUACCUAUUGUAUGUAAAAUUCCAAUAAUUGUUGGUGGGACUCAUUAUUAUACAACAUCAAUACUUUGGAGUAAUACGUUAAUAUCAUAUGAUGAACAAGAUACUGCUAAUAAUAAUAAUAAUAAUAAUAAUAAUAAUAGUAAUAUAACAUCAAAUACAGAUUCAACGACUACAACGACAACAAUUAGUAAUAAUAAUAAUGAUGAUAAUAACAGUGUUGAAAACAAUGAAAGAGUAUAUAGUUAUGAAAAGUUAAAGGAAGUAGAUGAGUUGAUGGCAAAGAAAUUACAUAGUAAUGAUUUCAGAAAGAUAAAGAGAAGUUUGGAUAUCUAUUAUGAUACUGGAAGGAAACAUAGCGAUAUGGUAUUGGAACAGAAGAAUUCAAGAGUACAGAGAUACAGAUCUUGCUUGAUUUGGUUGGAUUGCUCUAAUCAGGUAUUGGAACAGCGUUUGAACGAGCGUGUCGAUCAGAUGAUAGAUCGUGGCAUGGUUAAAGAGUGUUUCGAUAUCUUUGGUUGUGAAGAUCUCAUCAACGCCGAGAGCACUGAGAAUUUCACUAAAGGACUGACACAAGCAAUCGGCGUAAAAGAACUCUAUCCAUAUUAUUUGUUAAAAGUGAAGAGGAAGAAGAAAGAGAAAGAGGAGGGUGUAAAUGAGGGUAAUAUUACCUCUACUGCUGAUUCUUCUGACUCUUUGGGAGAGGGAACAACUGGCACUGUGUGUCCAACAGAUAAAGUUGAGAACGAGACAGUAUUCUUCGAAGCAAAAGAAAUGGGUGAAGAAACUCUCACAGGACAAGUUGGUCAUACACAAGCUGGAUACGAGCGAUCUGACGCGUUGGCAAACGGAGAGAAUGGCAAUGAAGAUGACAACGGUGUAGCAUCAGCCAAGAACAGUAACAAUAAGAGAUCAUCAAAUAGCUCUCUUGAUCAAUGGGAGAAACACUAUUGUCAGGUUUGCGACAAUCGUGAAAUCAAUGGAAUAGUUCAAUGGAGAAACCAUCUAAAAUCAAAACAACAUACAAGAAAUCAACAACGUCAACAAAGACAAUUGAAACAGCAACAACAACAACAACAACAACAAGAAACAACAAAAGUAGAAGAAGAAACAAAAGAAGAACAAGAAACAAAAGUAGAGCAACAAGAACAACAAAGUGAAGUAACGGUCACAGAAUAA